UGAACACCGUGUUGUUGUUAAUUUUACACAAAAAAGAGGUUUCAACUUUAGUAUCAAUCUUCACCUACAGAUAAACAUAGCUUCGAGGGUCUAUCACUGCAGACAAGUUAUUUAGCAUGGCUAAGCGCUAAAACCUAUUGUAUGUCAAUACAGAGCUCAAAUAAAGAAUUUUAGUAUCGCAAACACACUGAAAACUCUUUUUUGUGUAAAAUUAACAACAACACGGUGUUCAAGACAGUCGAUUACAUAUAUUUCGACCUAUUUUGGGAUCUUCAAACCGCAAAAACUAAGGAUAUCGCUUGUUCGGAAAAACUUAGCCUCUUUGGAAAACUGAGGGAAAUCCGGAGUUUGCUUAGAUCUAGAUUUAAAGAAGAUACUUCAGACUACUUAUCUAUCGAAAAAAAUCGAUAGUUUGUUAUUUUAAUUUCGGAAACUACAACGUUGUUUUCCAAAUAUUGUCAGAAAACAGGAUCUUCCGAACAGUUUCAAAACUAGCUUUUACUUAGCGAAAGUUGUGAGAAAGUGUCUAUUUUCAGAAUCUGAAAGCCGCAGAUCGCUUUCGCUUUGUUAUCAGAAGUUAUUCAAAAAAUAGCCCGGGAAGCUGUUUUUUUGGCAUCGAUAAUAGUUUUGAGUGACAUCUACUCUAAUCGAUGGUAUCAAAUUUCGACUCUUUAAUAAAUACGGAAAUUGUCUUAGCCCAGUAACAUCACGAAAACUUUUGUUCCGUUAAUAUCUGUAUGUUGUUGUUCAUCUUAUGUUAAUACAAAAAUGUUUUAUUUUUCAAACUCUAUUUCUAUUUUAGUUGAUCGAUCGAAGUUUAAUUGAAUCCAAAAUACAUGCUCAAGUUUUAUUUGAACAAAGUUUGACAUUAAAUGAAGAACUAGAUGGUUAUUUAUUUUACCAUUCAUUAGGCUAUUAUUCACCAGGUUAUUCUCCACUAAUUUGUUGGUUAAAACCGUUUAUGAUUAAUGAAAUGUUGAAAAUGACUUUAGUAAAUGAUUUGUUUAUUAAAUUACCGGAAAAUUAUCAAACAGCUCAACAAUAUAUGUCUGAUGAACAAGUAACAAGAAAAACUUUGACAAAUGAUGAAUUAUAUCAUAUCAAUGAAGGAAUAACCGAUGACUAUUUGAAAUUACAACCGUUAGAGGAUAAUAGUAAAGAAAAAAAGAAACGAUAUUCUAAUAAACAUAAUACUGAAGAUACAAACACAAUGGCAAUAGAUGAGACGAAUAAAUGA